AUAAGUUCUCCGCGUGGAAACACGUUACUUCCCUUGCAAUGGGUCUCCUUGAAAUUUCCCUGGCCCUCCUGGCCAUCGGUUUCCUGAUCUACAAGUGGAGCACGGCCACCUUCAAAACCUUCGAAGCCCGGAAACUCUACUUUGAAAAACCGUACCCACUUGUGGGAAAUUCAGGCGGGUCUUUUUUUCAGAGAAGGAGCUUUCAGAAGGAGUUGUCCGAGUUCUACGAUCGCACUCGGGAGCAAAAAUUAGCCGGCUUUUUCAAUCUUCGCACGCCCAUGAUCGCGGUCAACGAUCCGCAGCUGAUUAAAAAGGUCUGCAUAAAGGACUUCGACCACUUCCCCAACCACCCACUUGUUUUUCAUUCCGACGAGCGCCUUGUAAAUGACAUGGUCAGCUCGAUGACGGAUCAGCGAUGGAAGCACAUGAGGAACACCUUGUCCCCGGUCUUCACGGCGGCCAAGAUGCGCAAUAUGUUCACCCUGAUGAACGAGAGUUUCGCGGAGUGUCUGCAGCACCUGGACACCUCUGCAUCUCUUCCCGGCCAGAAGGGUUUCGAAGUGGACAUGAAGGCUCUGUGCAACAAGCUCUCCAACGACAUCAUUGCCACCACCGCCUUCGGACUCAAAGUGAACUCGUAUAAGAACCCGGAGAAUGAGUUCUACGAUAUCGGGCAAACACUGGUUUUCACCCGUGGAUUAGGGUUCUUCAAGUUCAUGCUGGCCUCUAUGAUGCCAAGGAUUUUCAAGUUCCUUGGACUCACAAUCUUUGAAACCGCCAAAAUUGAGUACUUUGUUCGUCUGGUUGUGGAUGCCAUUAGGUACCGGGAGCAGCAUAAUAUCUCGCGGCCCGACAUGAUCCAGCUUCUGAUGGAGGCCAAGAAGGAGUCGCAGAAUAACUGGACGGAUGAUGAGAUUGUGGCGCAGUGCUUCAUUUUCUUCUUCGCCGCCUUCGAAAACAACUCCAACUUUAUCUGCACCACCACCUAUGAGCUGCUCCAUAAUCCCGAAGUGCAGGAGCGCUUGUACGAGGAGGUGAAGGAGACCCAGGGGUCUCUGAAUGGCGGUUCCCUUACCUACGAUACCGUGCAGAAGAUGACUUACAUGGACAUGGUGAUCUCCGAGUCCCUGCGUAAGUGGAGUUUGGCCCCCAUCACCGAUCGUAUUUGCACCAAGGAUUACACCCUUACGGAUGAGGAUGGCUCCAAGCUCUUCGACUUCAAAGCGGGCGACCGCGUCAUCAUCCCCAUCACUGGGUUGCACUUGGAUGAGCGCUACUUCCCGGAACCCAGAAAAUUUGACCCCGAGCGGUUCAGCGAAGAACGCAAGGGAGAACUGGUGCCCUACACCUAUUUGCCUUUCGGAGUGGGACCUCGAAACUGCAUAGGGAAUCGGUAUGCUUUGAUGCAGAUUAAGGGCUUUCUAUUCAACCUACUGCUCAACUACAAGAUCGAAGCUUCCCCAAAGACCACCAAGGAUUUGUGGGAAUCUGCACGCGGCUUAAACUUCGUUCCCAGCGAAGGCUUAUGGAUGCACUUGGUUCCUCGAAAAUAAAAGAAUGUGGAUACCAAACAGACUGCUUAGCUAUAAAAAAAAAAAAAUAUUAGUGUAACGUGGUAAUGGAAUGUUUAAAGGCAAAAAGCUAAAGAGGAACUAAAUGAUCAUAUCUGUAGAUUCAAUUCCAAUCGUAAUUGGUGGUUGGGCUUGAUUUUAUAUCUAUAUAUUUCAUAUUUUUUUUCUAAAAUUACUCAAGGGCACGAUUUCCCACCAAUUUUUAAUUUGCGAAUAAAAAAAACAUUAUAUUAUAUAAACAUA